AUGGCUGAUCAUGUCAACAACGACGCCUAUGGCGACUCGACAAUUACCGAGAAGGGUGUCUCAACCCAGGUCGAGGACGCCAUCAUGGACGAGAAGGCCCUCAAAGCACACAACAAGGCUGCCGCUGUAGAGGCUGAGAAUGCCGAACACGACAUGGGCGUCCUGGACGCUGUCAAGGCCUACCCCAUGGCUGCGACGUGGGCUUUCAUCAUGUCCUGCACAAUUAUCAUGGAGUCAUACUGUGUGUUCCUCAUGGGUAACUUCAUCGCCCUGCCUGCCUUCGCAAGGGAGUUUGGUGUCCAAGCCGACAAUGGCAAAUAUGUCAUUGUCGCCAGCUGGCAGUCUGCACUCCAGAUGGGCGGUCCUCUUGGUGCUAUCAUGGGUGUCUGUCUCGCUGGUCCCCUCACCAGCCGAAUUGGAUACCGAUGGGCCACCAUCUUCGGCCUCAUGCUCUUGAACGUCUUCAUCCUGGUUUUCUACUUCGCUCCUUCGCUACCCGUCAUGUUCGUGUCGCAACUUCUUGAGGGUAUCCCAUGGGGUAUCUUCAUUGCCAACGCGCCCGCGUACUGCAGUGAGAUUACGCCUAUCCAGCUGCGAGCUCCCGCCACUCAGAUGUUGCAAAUGUUCUGGGCUAUUGGUGCCAUCAUCGUCAACGGUGUAGCUUUCCACUACAACACCUACUCCACCUCGAGCGCAUACAGGAUCCCAAUUGCGCUCCAGUGGAUGUUCCCCACCCCUCUUGCUAUCCUCAUCUACAUGGCGCCAGAGUCUCCCUGGUGGCUCGUCCGCAAGGGCCGUCUCCAAGAGGCCGAACACGCCGUUGGACGUCUUGGACGCCGCGCCCGCUUGAACGUCACUGAGGCCGUAGCCAUGAUGCGCCGUACCAUCGAUCUUGAGAAGUCCAUCGAGGACCCCAGCUACUUCGAGCUGUUCCGCGGUACCGACCUUUACCGUACUCUUAUCGUCUGCGGUGUUUACGCUGCACAGAACUUGACUGGUAACCUCAUCGCUAACCAGGCCGUUUACUUCUUCGAACAGGCCGGUGUAUCAACAAACACGGCCUUUGCUCUUGGUCUGAUCACUUCCGGACUCCAGUGGCUCUUUGUUAUGCUUUCCUGGAUUCUGACCUCGUACCUUGGUCGCCGUACCAUUUACGUCUGGGGUUCGCUCAUCAACGUCGGUUUCCUCAUCGCUCUCGGUAUUGCUGGAUCCGUUGGCAAAUCGACCCAAGCCUCGUUGGCGCAAGCCUCUCUCGGUCUCAUCGUCUCUGUUCUGUUCACUCUUGGUCCUGCUCCCGCUUCGUGGGUCAUCAUCGGAGAGACUUCGUCGAUCCGUCUGCGUCCUCUCACCACUGGUAUUGGACGUGCCUCAUACUACGUUGUCAAUAUUCCCUGUAUUUUCCUUGCCAGUUACAUGCUCAACCCCAAGGAGGCCAACCUCGGUGGCAAGUGCGGUUAUGUCUGGGGUGGAACUGGUUUCUUCUGCUUCGUCAUGGCUUACUUCUUCCUGCCUGAGAUGAAGAACCGAUCUUACCGCGAAAUCGACAUCUUGUUCAACCGCAAGGUCCCGGCUCGCCAAUGGACAAAGACUGUCAUCGAUAUUCAAGACGACGAGUAGGCGGAUACUUGCAGUCAGAACAUGGGGUUGGACGUACACAGGGGCACAUUAUCAUUGAGCGCCGGACGUCGUACAAGGAUUGGAGAUGUAGUCGGUUGACUAAAUCCACACUUCAUAAAUCUUUUCGUGACAUGAAUGAAACUCUUGUCCUCUCCAA